UAAAAAAGAGGUGCGGGGUAGACACGACAGCUCGACGACAGGGUAGGACCCUUGUUCACAACAUUAACAAAGAGUUUGUUUCUGGCUGCUGCCUGCACUUACUUGUUGACGAUGAUCCGCUUUGGCGCCAUCGUCGUUCUGUGCUCGUUGCUGGCUGUGGGCUUCUCACAUUCUGGCAAUCAAAACAGCAAUCAGUGCAAUGGUGUAGGGAUACCAAGUCGUCGGGAGUGCAAUGUGUGCCAAGGCACACAACCUAGAGAUGUUACUCUGCGCGUGCGCAAUGUCCUCAGAGAGCCUUUCUUCGAGGAAGUCGUGAAAAUUAGCUGCACGCGCUACAAAACCCUCUUCUACAUCAUGCAACAAGCUGCUGAGGUCAACUCUGUGUUCAAAUUCCAAGCAACAUAUUUCAGGAGCCUCGGGUUUUUCAUUGACGCAAUCAACAAUGUGCAAGGCACCUGGAACGUGGACAGGUCCUGGUGGCAAAUUCUGGACGGCAACUUGCUCCUGACUGAUGUUGGUGCGAGCUCCUACGUACCUGCCCACAAUGAGGUUGUCACCUUCAACCUGACAUCUGGUGACCCUCAUUAAAGUCAGCGAUAAUUCUUGUUCCUCGAUGACAAAGAUGACUGGAAUUUUGAAAUCGAAUACAAUUUUUAUCGCUGGGGUAUUUCAGGACUAUAAUCCAAUAGAUAUUGUUAGUAGAAUGGUGGAAUAGUAGACCGCAGAAACCAUGACAACCUGUCACAGAAAGCUGGCUGUGUGACAACAGCCGUUGACUUGUUGCUUUACUGUAGUAUUAGUAAUCAGCUUUUAUCAAGUAUAUUUUGUCAAAAUAUAAAAUCCACAUAUCUAUGAUUUUAUGAUCAUUAUAUCUCCGCCAAUAAACAACAAGUAAGCAAAACUA